UCCCUCCUGAUCCACCCGUGCGUUUGCCAACACUUUUCCUCGAGUGUGAGGCAAAGAAUACCUAUCAUGGAAGGGAUGCCCGACGCUCUGGCGUGACGUCAUUUUCUCGCUCACAUCCAGUCUGUCGGUCGAGAAAGUUCAUUCAGAUUUUCAUUGCCGGUCUUCAAGUUGAGCUGUUCAUUUAAGAUCUGCCUAGAUAGUUUGCCGCCGAAGAAGUGAACUGACUUUUAUUAGUGAUGCAGCACGCCUCGAUGGAGAUGAGAGAAGACCAAGAGCCCCUCGGCAGCUUCUCCCCCUGCACAUUGGAGGCCGAGGGUCCCAAGCCCCCCUCCUCCAUUGUAGCGUCCUCCUGUUAUGAGGUGAGACCCAUCCCAGGCAAGGGAUUAGGUCUAGUGGCCACCAGAACCAUUCAUCCAGGCACCCUAAUUAUAGAUGAAGCCCCUCUCCUUCUGUUGGAUCCACCGUGUAAGCGAAAUGAUAUUCUCAAGCUUCUCGGAUGCCGACUGUUCUCAUCCAUCAAUAUGCGAACUACUCCUGAUCAAAUCAGAGCGCAGAUCCAUCAAAUGAUCUUGGAGAAGCUUGUUCAAAAACUCGACCAGCCACAGCUCCAGCUUCUGUAUUCCUUGUCCGAUAAGACAGUGGAACUUGGAGCCAAAGCCAAAAGUUUGUGGGGCAUUUGGCAAACGAAUUCCAUCCCUCUCGGAUCGUACCGUGUCUCGGGUAUUUUUCCCACAGUGGUUCGGCUGAACCACUCCUGUCAUCCUAAUGCUCAUCACAUAUGGGACGCGGAGACUGGGCGAGAACAAGUCUGGGUGGUCGAGGGAGUUCGACCUGGCCAAGAGAUCACCAUCUCCUAUGUGCGCACCUUUUGCAGUAAAAGUUUUCGCCAAAGCCUAUUGAAGGAGAAGUUCGGGUUUCUAUGCACGUGCCAAGCUUGCUCUUUGACAGGGGGUGCGUCAGAGCUCGAUGAUAAGUUUCGUUUGGAAAUUGACAGACUGGCCCAACAGUUCUCAUCGGCAAAACAAGAUGAGGAUAUCAACUUGGCCAUAGAAAUCGGAGAGCGGAUGCUUUUCCUCAUGCAGGAAGUUGGAUUCAAUGCCAAUGUUCAAUGGCCUGGAUUUUUCAAUUGCUUCGAGUUAUACCUCUUGGUUGGCGAUAUGGAAAAGGCCCAGUUCUACCUUAGCCGGGCCUACGAGCUCGUGUGCAAAGCUCAGGGAGCCUCGUCAGCUGACGCCCGCACCAUGCGAAAGUACAAACAUAACCCGGAGCAAUACCUUCAGGACUUCAAGACUUCGGACAAACAUUUCAUUGCUUCUCUCACCCAUUGUUGAUGACCAAUGCCGCAUUUCAUGACAAUGGCGAGACGCAUAGAUCAUUACUAGAGUUUAGUUGUGCAGAAAAUCUCCAAAUUAUGAAUUACAAACAUGCGUAUUAUUUCUAUAUCAAAAAAGUGUAGGGGGGAUGGGUGUUCCAUUUCAGUUCAGGUCAUUGUGAAAUGAGCCAAAAAGCUUUCCUUGCUCACGAUCAGUUCUGAUCAGCUGUAUUGAAAUGGGUAUGUGAAGUUGAUUUUUUUGAAGCUCCAUCAGACCUGGAACAUGCCAAUCGUUGAGUAACUACGUUCCGUUCAGACGCGAACAACCUCAGACCAAUAAACGAGCGAGACUUCAGUUAA